AUGUUAAUUAUUUUUGUUUUUCUUUUUUCUGAAAGAGUAGGCAAAACCACGCUCUCCACAUCUAUCUAUCUAUCUAUCUAUCUAUCUAUCUAUCUAUCUAUCUAUCUCAGUCUGUUCAUAUCUAUCUAUCUAUCUAUCUCAGUCUGUUUAUAUCUAUCUAUCUAUCUCAAUCUGUUCAUAUCUAUCUAUCUGAAUUUGGUCAUAUCUAUCUAUCUCUCUAUCUAUCUAUCUCAAUUUCUUCAUAUCUAUCUAUCUAUCUAUCUAUCUAUCUAUCUAUCUAUCUAUCUAUCUAUCUAUCUCCAUUUCUUCAUAUCUACCUAUCUAUCUGAAUUUGUUCAUAUCUAUCUAUCUAUCUAUUUCUGUUCGUGUCUAUAUAUCUCAUUCUGUUCAUAUCAUUCUCUAUAUAAUUCUUUUCAUAUCUAUCAUUCUAUCACUCUAUCUCAUUCUGUUCAUAUCUAUCUAUCUAUCUAUCUAUCUAUCUAUCUAUCUAUCUAUCUAUUUGUGUUUUUUCAUUAA